AUGUAAACUUCCGACUUCAACUGUAAGUAUUCAGACCUUUUGCUAAGAGACUCGAAAUUGAGCUCAGGUGCAUCCUGUUUCCAUUUAUCAUCCUUGAGAUGUUUCUACAACUUGAUUGGAGUCCACCUGUGGUAAAUUAAAUUGAUUGGACAUGAUUUGGAAAGUCACACACCUGUCUAUAUAAGGUCCCACAUGAGGUCGAAAGACUUGUCUGUAGAGCAACGAGACAGGAUUGUGUCAAGACACAUAUAUGCAGCAUUGAAGGUCCCCAGGACCACAGUGGCCUCCAUCAUUCUUAAAUGGAAGAAGUUUGGAACCACCAAGACUCUUCCUAGAGCUGGCCGAUCGGACAAACUGAGCAAUCGGGGGAGAAGGGCCUUGGUCAGGGAGAUGACCAAGAAUCCAAUGGUCACUCUGAAAGAGCUCCAGAGUUCCUCUGUGGAGAUGGGACUUGGGAGACCCUUCCAGAAGGACAACCAUCUCUGCAGCACUCCACCAAUCAGGCCUUUAUGGUAGAGUGGCCAGACUGAAGCCACUCCUCAGUAAAAGGCACAUGACAGCCUGCUUGGAGUUUGCCAAAAUGCACCUAAAGGACUCUCAGACCAUGAGAAACAAGAUUCUCUGGUCUGAUGAAACCAAGAUUGAACUAUUUGGCCUGAAUGCCAAACGUCACGUCUGGAGGAAACCUGGCACCAUCCCUACGGUGAAGCAUGGCGGACUGCAAUAGCAUCGAAUAGUCCCCACGAUAUGCAACUGUUCAGGGAAGUCAGGAACCAAUACACGCAGUCAGUCAGGAAAGCAAAGGCUAGCUUUUUCAAACAGAAAUUUGCAUCCUGCAGCACUAAUUCCAAAAAGUUUUGGGACACUUUAAGUCCAUGGAGAAUAAGAGCACCUCCUCCCAGCUGCCCACUGCACUGGGGCUAGGAAACACUGUCACCACCGAUAAAUCCAGGAUAAUCGAGAAUUUUAAUAAGCAUUUCUCUACGGCUGGCCAUGCUUUCCACCUGGCUACCCCAAACCCGGCCAACAGCUCUGCACCCCCCACAGCAACUGGCCCAAGCCCCCCCUCUUCUCCUUCACCCAUAUCCAGACAGCUGAUGUUCUGAUAAAGAUGCAAAAUCUGGAUCCCUGCAAAUCAGCUGGGCUAGACAAUCUGGACCCUCUCUUCCUAAAAUUAUCUGCCGUCAUUGUUGCAACCCCUAUUACUAAUCUGUUCAACCUCUCUUUCAUAUCGUCUGACAUUCCUAAAGAUUGAAAAGCGGACGCGGUCAUCCCCCUCUUCAAAGGGGGAGACACUCUAGACCCAAACUGUUACGGACCUAUAUCCAUCCUGUCCUGCCGUUGUAAAGUCUUCGAAAGCCAAGUGAACAAACUGAUCACUGACCAUUUCGAAUCCCAUCGUUCCUUCUCCGCUAUGCAAUCCGGUUUCCGAGCUGGUCACAGGUGCACCUCAGCCACGCUCAAGGUCCUAAACGAUAUCAUAACCGCCAUCGAUAAAUGACAGUACUGUGCAGCCGUCUUCAUCGACCUGGCCAAGGCUUUCGACUCUGUCAAUCACCGUAUUCUUAUUCGCAGACUCAACGGCCUUGGUUUCUCUAAUGACUGCCUCGCCUGGUUCACUAACUACUUCUCAGAUAGAGUUCAGUGUGUCAAAUCAGAGGGCCUGUUGUCUGGACCUCUGGCAGUCUCUAUGGGGGUGCCACAGGGUUCAAUUCUCGGGCCAACUCUUUUCUCUGUAUAUAUCAAUGAUGUUCUUGCUGCGGGUGAUUCUCUGAUCCACUUCUACACAGACGACACCAUUCUGUAUACAUCUGGCCCUUCUUUGGACACUGUGUUAACAAACCUCCAAACAAGCUUCAAUGCCAUACAACCCUCCUUCCGUGGCCUCCAACUGCUCUUAAAUGCUAGUAAAACUAAAUGCAUUCUCUUCAACCGAUCGCUGCCCGCACCCUCCUGCCAAACUAGCAUCAUUACUCUGGACGGUUCUGACUAAGAAUGUGUGGACAACUAUAAAUACCUAGGUGUCUGGCUAGACUGUAAACUUUCCUUCCAGACUCAUUAAGCAUCUCCAAUCCAAAAUUAAAUCUAGAAACGGCUUCCUAUUGCACACCAGUAUUUCUACUUGCACAUUCUCAUCUGCACAUCUAUCACUCCAGUGUUAAUUGCUAAAUUGUAAUUACUUCGCCACUAUGGCCUAUUUAUUGCCUUACCUCCUUACUUCAUUUGCACACACUGUAUACAGAUUUUCAAUUAUGUUAUUAACUGUACGUUUGUUUAUCCCAUAUGUAACUCUGUGUUGUUGUUUUUUGUCGCACUGCUUUGCUUUAUCUUGGCCAGGUCGCAGUUGUAAAGGAGAACUUGUUCUCAACUGGCCUACCUGGUUAAAUAAAGUGACACCUCUGAACAGGGUCAGAAGGUCAUUACUUCAGCCUGCACGUCUCCUCGCCCCUCAACCCUGGAACAUCUCCUUACAGCCACACCCAUCUGAGGUAUUCUACAACUCUCUUCGCCCCCUCACACAGAGUGAAACGAGAAAACUCUCUCAGGUGAGCCACGAUCCUUCAAAUGAUGUCUCCAGCAUCUCAACUGACCGCCCCCCCACUGUUGGUGUAUUACAUCAAAAGAAACCCCAUCAAGUUCACAGAUCGAAGCCAGACGGUACCACCUCAGACAGGGUCCAGUUUGUGUUUGGGGAAAACAUGAGCGAAAGAGUCUUGAGACCACAGAAAUCCCCUAGCAGUGAAGAUUCUGAUUGCAGCUCUGAUUCUGACUCUUCCACCUCUGAUUCAAGUCAUAAAGGUGCUGUGUGGAGCAGUCUGAGGGAGUCUGCUGCAGCUUACACAGCGUCAUGUGGGAGGCAGCAUGUGCUCAGGCUCAGGCGGGUUCAGCUGUUCACUGGGGAGGAGAAGGAAAGCAAUGUGGUCCAGCUGACCUGCAGACUGUUUGUCCUGGAAAAAGGAACUCCGUCAUGGACUGAGCGAGGGAGAGGAGUCCUGCGACUCAAUGAUCUAGCAUCAGGGACCAAAAGAGGGCUUCAGUCCAGGAUAGUGAUGAGGCACCAGGGCAGUCUCAAGGUUAUCCUCAAUACUAAGCUCUGGCCACACACACACCUACGUCGCCCGGCCCGCCGGAACCUCCAGGUGACGGCCACUGACGUGGAGACUCAGGCCGUUCGGGUGUUCCUCAUUCAGGCCAGCGCCAGGGACGUGGCUCGCCUCUACGUGGCCAUCCACCAUCGGCUGGUAGCCCUACGGGCCAGUGCUGCUGAGAGGGAGGCAGAGGCUGCAGGGGGCAGGACCAGGGAGGGGCACUGCAACAGUGAGAAUGAAGAGGAGGAGGAAGAGGAGAGACAACAGAAAGAAAGAGAAGAAAGGCUGCUAUUGACACGAUUGCGACCUGUGGUUUGUGAUUGGAUACACAGUAAACCUAGUUUGGAUUCUUGGUGACAUGACAUCAUAUCCUGACCUGGACAAUCUGAACAGAACUUUGGCUAUAAUGGAACAGUGGGACAAAACAUCAAGAGACAGCUUGCAAGUACUUACUAUCUAUUGAGCUAUCAUGACUGCCAUCUUUCAACAACAAAAGAAUAUAUGAUUAUUCUAUUGCCGUACUUACUUUUGUACUUCACGUUAUUGUGGCAGUGUGCAAGGGGAAGAUAAACCGCCGCAUUAUGACAGAGGUAAUCUAGAUGUAAUGACAGAUAAAAAACAAUUAUUUAUUUUUGUUAUUUUAUUAUGCAUUUAUAAUGAAUACAACUGUUCAUGCAAGUGCUAUUUGUGGCUGAAGCACCCACAUUAAACUUAUUUUAAACAUAUUUAGAAUAUUCCCAAAAGGUUUUGUUCUUCUGUAUUUCUUUUAUAAGCAUUAUGUUUUACAUGUUGUAAGCGUUUUAAAAACAGCUUAUGAUCAACAUAAUGAUUUUGAAACAAUUUUUGUAUUUCUUUCACUACAAACAGAAUAUAAUAUGUAUCUAUCUAUUUCAACUGUGAAACAAACAAAAUAGCUUUAUUGUUAGCUGUUUCAUUUAUACAGUACAUUACUGACACAAACAACAAUCUCAUGGUUGUGGUACACUCACCUUUUCUACACAGUACUAAAUGCAUGCCUCUGCCUACCUCUGUAGUUGCUACAAAUGUUAGAAAACAUUUCAAUGUUUUUAAUGGAUUUUAAGUUCUAUUACCUAGUGUAUUGUCAAAAGCAAUUUACUUAAAAGGGUAAUCCUGCAUAAAAGCAAACAUGACUAGCAUCUAGUUCAUAUUCUGAUAUGUAUAUAUUAUAUUAAUCUGCUUCUGGUAAUAUCACCAUGUUAUGUGAGCAGUUAUGUCAUCGUGAUUGAUAAAAACUGAUUUUCUGAUAGAA